GGCGCGCCGGGGGGCUGCGGCGGCGCUGCGGGCGGGCGCGGACCUUACCCAAGGCCAGCGGACCCGCGGGCGGGCGGGCGAACGCGCGGGCGCGGCACCUGCGGGCAGGAGCUUCUGGCUUCCGCAGCGCCGGACCGCCUCCCAGCUGCCGCUGAGAUGAGUGCAGUGUCGGAGCCGCAGGCCGCUCACAGCCCCCUGGAGAAGCCGCCGAGCACCUCGAUCUUGUGUAACACCUGCGGGAAUGUGUGCAAGGGGGAGGUGCUGCGGGUGCAGAACAAGUAUUUCCACAUCGAGUGCUUCGUGUGCAAAGCAUGCGGCUGUGACCUGGCCGAGGGUGGCUUCUUCGUGCGGCAGGGAGAGUACAUCUGCACGCGGGACUACCAGCGUCUGUACGGGACCCGCUGCUUCAGCUGCGACCAGUUCAUCGAGGGCGAGGUGGUGUCAGCCCUGGGCAAGACCUACCACCCCGACUGCUUCGUGUGCGCCACGUGCCGGUUGCCCUUUCCGCCAGGGGACCGAGUGACCUUCAACGGGAAGGAAUGCAUGUGUCAGAAGUGCUCCCUGCCCAAGACAGCAAGCAGCAGCGCGCACCUGUCCCAGGGCCUCUGGAGUUGUGGAGGCUGCGGCACAGAAAUAAAAAAUGGCCAGUCCCUGGUGGCUUUGGAGAAACACUGGCAUUUGGGCUGUUUUAAGUGUGAGACGUGCGGGAAGCAGUUGGACGCAGAGUACAUAAGCAAGGACGGGCUGCCCUACUGCGAGGCUGACUACCACACCAAGUUUGGCAUCCGCUGUGACGGCUGUGAGAAGUACAUCACAGGGCAUGUGCUGGAGGCAGGAGAGAAACACUACCACCCGCUGUGUGCGCUAUGCGUCCGGUGCGGCCGGAUGUUUGCAGAAGGCGAGGAGAUGUAUCUUCAAGGCUCCUCCAUCUGGCACCCAGCGUGCCGACAAGCAGCCAGAACUGAAGACAAAAACAAGGAAACCAGAAGCUCUUCUGAGAGCAUCAUCUCUGUACCUGCUUCCAGCACUUCGGGGUCUCCCAGCCGUGUGAUCUAUGCCAAGCUGGGCGAUGAGAUUCUUGACUACAGGGACCUGGCUGCUCUUCCUAAAAGCAAGGCCAUCUAUAACAUCGACCGCCCCGACAUGAUCUCCUACUCACCAUACAUCAGCCAUUCAGCAACAGGCAGGCAGAGCUGCCACGAGUCCCCACAGGUACUCUCGCCAACGCUGACGGAGGGGGAUCAGGAUGACCGCUCUUACAAGCAGUGCCGGACCUCCAGCCCGAGCUCCACCGGGUCCGUCAGCCUCGGGCGCUACACCCCAACCUCACGGUCCCCCCAGCACUACAGCCGUCCAGCUGGUACUGUGAGUGUUGGUACCAGUAGCUGCCUGUCCCUGUCCCAACACCCAAGCCCUACAUCCGUGUUCAGACAUCAUUACAUCCCCUACUUCCGAGGCAGUGAAAGUGGUCGGAGCACCCCCAGCCUCUCGGUGCUCUCAGACAGCAAGCCUCCCCCCUGCACCUACCAGCAGGCGCCUCGCCAUUUCCACGUCCCAGACACGGGCGUAAAAGAUAACAUCUAUAGGAAACCCCCUAUCUACAAACAGCAUGGUCCUGUAGCCCAAUCCCCAAUUUCCAAGCUCUCGGGCCUGAUGUCAGUCUUGUCCUUGGUGGUGCACAAGGCAGGGUGUUCCAAAAGGCUCGAAGGUCCAAGCCCUCCGCAGGCUGCAGCCGCCAGGCGACCGGAUGGUGAGGAUGGAAUCUUCGAUCAGGAUAACAGGAAGAAGACCAGCUGGCUGAUUCUCAAGGGGGAUGCAGACACUAGGACUAACUCUCCAGACCUAGACAGCCAGUCUUUGUCCCACAGUAGUGGGACCGAUAGAGACCCUCUCCAGACAAUGCAAGGGGACAACUUUUACUCACAAUGCCAAUCUGGCCCCUGGUGGAGCAGACCUGGAUGCCAGCUGGGGCACGCGAGUUCCUUCCACAGAAUCUGCCCCCCGAGGACUAGCGACCCAGUGCAGGGGGUGGAGGAGGGUGGUGUCCCCAGGACGGGACUGCUUCUGCCGCUGGACCGCGUUCCCGCACUUUCUAAACAGCCACGCGUGGCUUCUGCUCUGUCUCUUACAGAAUACAAGAUCUAUCCUUAUGAUGCCCUCAUUGUCACCAACCGAAUUCGUGUCAAACUGCCCAAGGACGUGGACCGGACCCGGCUGGAGAGGCACCUGUCGCCCGAGGAUUUCCAGGAAGUGUUUGGGAUGAGCAUGGAAGAGUUUGACCGCCUGGCCCUCUGGAAGAGGAAUGACCUCAAGAAGAAAGCCCUGCUGUUUUGAGUGCCACCAGCGUGUGUGACCACGUGCACGCCUGGCGGCAGAGCACGGGACGCCUGGCGAGAACCACAAAAACCCCUCCUAUUGCACCUGGCUCUGGCUUCUCUGUGUCCAUGGGGGGGGCGGGCGGUGGGCCCCUGGAGAGGGCUGGGCUGGAGGCCGGGCAGGAGGAGGUCCCAGAGCCGGUGCGACCUCUGUUUCCGCCAGCAAUGCUCCUGCCCCUGGUUCAGAGCCCAGAUGCCUUGCUUUGCACGGCUCCUUCCCCGCUGUUGCUUGGCGUCAAGGAGACGCUGCAAAGUAGUGGUCCCAGGAGAUCAAGGGACAUUUACACGGGGUGUAGCCCGCCUUCCCAAACCCCUGUGCAGUGCCCUAGCCCCCCGCACGAGGCCCUGGGGGCACAGAGGUGCCUGGGACUUGGGAUUUCAGGAGGUUGGUCGAUGACAGUCGCUGACACAAUCACAGACAGAUGGGCGUCUGGCUCCCAGGGUCUGCUCGCCCCCCACCCAUUCGCUUAGCCCCCCAACCCGGGGGGAGGCACAGCCUUGUGCACAGACAGACCAGGCCAGGGAGGGGGCCGCAGAGCGCCCAGGGCUGCAUGAAGUCAAGCGUGGGGUGCACGAUUUUUGCAACCGCUUGUGACGCAUCUGUUUUUAGGGACAAACGUCAGCCUGACAGGGUACCUUCGGCCAGGGCCCUCCAUGCACUGCAUUUUUCUUCCGAAUCAUCCCCUGGAUGCCUAAAUGAUAUCUUUAAAGUGACACAGAAGUUUUUAUUUUAUUAAAGAGCAUAGCCUACUUAAACAUAAGACGACAUAUAUAGAGUUCCCUUGUACGGGCCUGCGGAAGGGGAAUGCCUCCAGCCUUAUUCUCCACUGUCCGGAUCUGUGUGUUUUUGCUUUUUCGUGGGCUCCUAGCCCCUAGGGCUCCUUGCCAGUUUUCUUUCCAUGGUCGUUGUUGUUGUUAUUGUUGCUUUCUUUUUCACCUGUCCCACAGGUGCCCUGAAGGGCCGUCCUCGCCCGUGUGAUGCUGUCUGUACGUGUAGCCGCCACUGUCCGCCUCGCUGUUACUCUCCACGUCUUGGAGAGAAAACGCCCUCUUCUGAUGGCCAAAGCCCCAGAAUAAAGGAUUUCCAUGCACCCAGCCUAAUACCCAACAUAGCCCUUGCCGUGCCCGUCUUUCCUGCAGUGAAACAUAGUCCUCCAGGGUUGAAGCCUCGUGCGUGCCUAUGCGGUCCCGAGACAGGCACCUGGCCACUGGGGAAGGAAGAGGGAGACGCCACCCUCUUCUGUCCUGUGAGGUUGGCACAGGGUCCCGCUGCAGAAGGCUAGCCACCCCCUUUACCCCCGGAAAGGCGUCCCUAUCUAUGAUGAGGCACGGGAAGUGCUAACGCCUAUCACAGGAUGCUUGUAAUGUGGGUGGAAAGAUUUACGAAACACUGGGAAGGUGUCACCCAAGUCUGCUCCCCUGUCUCCUGCAGAGCUGUGUCUUUCUGUGUGUCCUGGCCGUCCCGUCUGUGAGUCAGCGUGACUCUGAUCCCUCCAGCCCCACCACACACCCCAUUGCACACCGGCUUCCCACCAGCCCGGCUCGGCCAGGGAGGCAAGUUUCUGGCACUUGAUACACUUCCUUCCCUUUAGCAAUCUGAGCCCCGUGCAAAUGGAAACCCCCGUUUUUUCAUUAGUGCAAUGUCCCGUCAGCUCCCAGGGGAGCCCGGAAAAAUAAAGGACGGUGUACCCUAA